AUGAUAUACCUCCUCACUUUGCUUGUUCUUUUGCAGGUCAUUGUGGCCGCUCCCCUUCCUUUGGUGGUCACCAGGUACCACGAGGCAGACACUGUCACGUCCACCAAAACCUAUAUUACCGGCACCACCACGAUCUGGUUGCCCCCCGUUGAGAUUUUCAUUUCCAACGGCGUCAGGUAUACAUUCACCAAAUACGACGGCCAAUGGGCCACCACGCAAGCCACCACCACUUCGGUAUACACCGAAGAAACCAGCGACACGCCUGCCGGCCAGGCCACUCCGACUGCUGUGGUGCCUACUCUUGAGACUGCCCAGGCGGCCGAGACCACAACGCCGAUUCCUGCAGCGGUUACUUCUGCUGUUCCUCCUACUAAAGCUACUACUGAAGCUACUACCGAAGCUACUACAGAAGCUACUACAGAAGCGACCACUGAAGCUACUACUCAGACCACCACUGAAGCCACCACUCAGACCACUACCGCGACUCCCACGCAAACAUCUACUUCGUCCACCUCAACCUCCGUGGCCUCCGGGUACAUCAGCCCCCCUUCUGUGAUUGUGUAUUCGCCUUACAACAAUGACGGCACGUGCAAGACCUACGACGUCAUUGAGAGCGACUUGAACUUUGUCAAGUCCAAGGGCAUCAGCAAAGUCAGACUCUACGGAGCCGACUGCUAUGUGGUCGAAGCAGUGCUCCCCCUCUGUUUGGAACUCGGCAUCACUGUCAACCAGGGCUUUUGGAUCUCCUCUGAAGGCGUGGACUCCAUCGACGAUUAUGUGACUCUGGUGGUGGCUUGGGCCAAAACCAACGGGUGGGACGUGUUUGACUUUUUCACCGUGGGCAACGAGGCCGUGAACGAGAAUUACUGCACUGUUUCCGAGUUGAUCAGCAAAAUCGCCAGUGUCAAGGCUCUCUUGAGCGAUGCCGGCUGGACGGGCCAGAUCACCACGUCCGAGCCUCCCGUGACGUUCAUCAACAAUCCCAGCUUAUGCACGGAAUCCGAGAUUGACUUCGUGGGCGUGAACCCCCAUUCCUACUUCAACACCAAUUUGUAUGCUUACCAGGCAGGUGAAUACAUCACUGCACAGCAAGCACAGGUGGCCAAGCUUUGUUCGAAGUCGGCCUUCAUCACAGAAACGGGCUACCCACAUAAAGGAGACGUCUACGGGAACAAUGUUCCCAGCAAGGAGAACCAGCUAAUUGCACUCCAGACAAUCAUGGAAUAUACCGGGGGUGACGUCACGAUUUUGACCUUGUACGACGACAUGUGGAAGAGUCCAGGCGUCCAUGGCAUUGAGCAGUACUUCGGUAUGAUCGACCUUGUUCAGGCAUGA